AUGUCAACCCCAACAUCACCAUGCACCGUCUGCACCGCCUUCCUCGCUCCCGAAACCGAUUCCCUCCGCAGCUUCCGCCCGCGCCCCUAUUUCCCCACCACCACCACCCACGCCCUGGCCUUCCGCGACGCGAAAUUCAAAGUGUACAACCACCGCGGCCCCGAGUCCCCGCUCGCCCCAAGCAUCAACAGCCACUACCAGGACCACUCCGAGAUCGCAGCCAUGCCAGGCGACGACACGCACUUCGCUCUGCGUGCUCCCGCCGCCGUCCCCGCGUACGAGUACGAAGCCGCGAUCAGGACCUUCCUGGGAGAGUUCCAGGGGUGUCUCAUGGCCAUUGCCGUGCUGCUGCUGGUCUUUCUCGGUCUGGGCUACCUGAGGUGGCUGUUGGAGUAUCUGGUCGGGAUGGCUUUGGUGGGGCUUGGAAACGUUGUCUUGUUUCUGUUUCUUCAGGACUGGUUAGAGGGUGAGGCGGACUCUGUAUUUUAG